GAAGACAAGCAGUGUUUUUUUUCUAACCAACAACCUUAACAUCAUGAAUGACAAUUCAGAAUCCACACAAAACCCCACUCAUCUGCCCAGCACACUCUCCUGUGCAGGUUGUGUUUGGCCAUUGUGCUGCUUGGCGUGACAGUGUGGCAUUAUUCUAGGCUUUGUGUGGGUCUGUAUUGUUCUCCUGUGGGCUGCUUUGUUGAAUGAGGGGGUAUAGUGGUGAUGCUGCAGGCCAUUGCUUUAUGCUGACUUUGACCUGUGGGAAUGGCAGGGAGCGAUAUGGCCCUAUGACUAGGCCACAGACAGAGAGAGGAGGAGGAGAGUGGAACAGCAUCAGCAACGCGCAUCCCAAGAGAGCAUCGAUUUGGAAAUGGUCUAAAAUACUACUGGAUUAAAGACUCAUGAGUUCAAGUCCAAGUGUAGUCAUGCAGGAGAACCCAGGCUCUAUAGGUGUAGAUGGAGGAUACGCCAGCAAUGUACCUGCUUUCCUCACUAAACUCUGGACUCUUGUGGAGGACCCAGAGACCAAUCAUCUGAUUUGCUGGAGUACUACGGGCACCAGCUUCCAUGUUUUUGACCAGGGCAGGUUUGCCAAAGAGGUUCUGCCCAAAUACUUCAAACACAAUAACAUGGCAAGCUUUGUACGCCAGCUCAACAUGUAUGGCUUCAGGAAGGUGGUGAAUAUUGAGCAGAGUGGGCUGGUGAAGCCCGAGCGAGAUGACACCGAGUUCCAGCACCUCUAUUUCCUCCAGGGUCACGAGCAUCUGCUUGAACACAUUAAGCGCAAGGUGUCAAUAGUGAAGAGUGAGGAGACCAAAGUGCGGCAGGAGGACUUGAGUAAGUUGUUGUAUGAGGUGCAGGUGCUACACAGCCAACAAGAGAACAUGGAGAUGCAGAUGCAGGAUAUGAAACAGCAAAAUGACGUUCUGUGGAGGGAGGUGGUGUCACUGAGGCAGAAUCACACACAGCAGCAGAAAGUCAUGAACAAGCUGAUUCAGUUCCUGUUUAGCCAGAUGCAGUCCAACACUCCCAGCACUGUGGGAAUGAAGAGAAAGCUUCCUCUCAUGCUGGAUGAUGCCUGUUCCACCCCUCCUGCCUCAAAAUUCAGCCAAAGCCACUCCGCGGAGUCCUUGCAAGAAUCGUUCUAUAUCCAGUCGCCAUCCACAGAAAGUGCAUUCUGCUCCACUAGCAAUGUGAUGACAGGAGGGCCAAUAAUCUCUGAUGUCACUGAAAUCUCACAGUCCAGCACCAUGGCUUUACAAAUGCAGGCAGAGGAAUCUAGAGAAAAGUGUCUGAUGCUGAUUAAGGAAGAGCCAGUGAGCCCUGGGGUGCAGGGACGAGGAGAGGGUGUACCACUCGGCUCCUGUGAGGUGUGUACUGAACCCCCCGUCCUCCCUGUUGCCAUGGUACAGUCCGUCCUAGAGGGCCGAGGAUCUAAUUUGGGAGAGAGAAGGGCCAAAAGACCCAUGCUGGAGAGAUCAGAGAUUCCUGAUGGUGUGGAGAAUGUUGACAUGAGCCUGGAGGAUUUACAGCUGCUUCUGAGGAGUCACCAGCAGAGCAUGGAAACCAGUGCUGCAGCAAUGGAUCCCUUCACAUUUAGUCUGUCUUUGAACGAGUGGAACUUCACAGAAAUGGACCCAACCCUGAAAUCAGAGCUGGCUAAUGCCCUCAUCCCUGCUGCUGUGUCCCAGUACAUGUUUCAGGGUCAGGAGGGGGAGACGUACCCCACCUCUGGCUAUGAGGAGCAGUGAAGCCCUAAUAUGACAGCCAGCACAGAUCCCUCCUGAGAGCGAGCAGAGUGAUCCAUUUGAAAGUAUGCCACUUGGAUUGAACAUUAUCCCAACAUCAGAAGAGAAGGCUCAAAUUUAUCUGACUAGCAGAUGUGGAGGUUAUAAACAGUAUCAAGUAAACAUGCUGACCAGCCCUUUGUGAAGAAGAUUCACUUAGUUGGCCAUUGGUGGAAGGUGCAUUUUUACAAAAACACUGGGAGCAAUUCAACUCUUUGGAGAUGGAAUAUUUACAGUAAUCCUUUCUCAAAGCCUAUACAGAGUUCAGGCUACAUCAAGAUCAUUCUGAAGAUAUUUUUCUCAUGAUAUAAUGCAUCCUAAGGAAACUUCUAUAGCCAAGGAAAAGGCAAUAGUAAGCAUUUCCCUCCCGAACGACUACAAUGCAGGUGAACUGUAUGCAAUAUGACGUAAAUCACUGUGGCCCGAGUUUGAAUGCACUUUAGUCUGUGUGUUGGAGUUCCUGCUUUGUGGAGCUGUGAUUUCAUUUUUCCUAAAAUGUAACUGUAAAAAAAUGAAUAUAUUUAGUUCAAAUUGAUAUCAUAAUGAAGCACACACACUUGU